CGCACCUGCGCAGCCAUCUUGUACUUCUCGCAAGGGGCAGAAAGGAAGGAAGAAAGGAAAGCAGCAAAAAAUCGCUUCGUCUGUUCCUCCUCAGGGUAAUGUCAGCUGAGUGAGCGGGUCUAACUGAGCACAGUCGAGUCGGAGCGCAUAGGACGGCGGCGGGAAAGUGAAGGAAAACCGCGAGAAAAACACUCGCCACAGUGCCUCUCUGGAUUCCAGACGUGCGAGUCAUCAUCGUCUCUCUCUCUCUCCCCCUCUCUCUCUAUUCCUCCACACAGCACAGAAAAAAAGAGGAAGGAGCAGCAGUGUCAGCCCUCCAGAAGAAAUAAAGAGACACCCCGGCCUUCACUCACACCAUGAAUCCAGAAUAUGACUACCUGUUCAAGCUGCUCCUCAUUGGCGACUCUGGAGUGGGGAAAUCAUGUCUUCUGUUGAGAUUUGCAGAUGACACGUACACAGAGAGCUACAUCAGCACCAUAGGGGUGGACUUCAAGAUCCGCACUAUUGAACUGGAUGGCAAGACUAUUAAACUUCAGAUUUGGGAUACUGCUGGACAAGAGAGGUUUCGCACCAUCACCUCCAGUUACUACAGGGGAGCCCACGGCAUCAUUGUGGUCUAUGAUGUCACAGAUCAGGAGUCCUAUAACAAUGUAAAGCAGUGGCUGCAGGAGAUUGAUCGUUAUGCCAGUGAGAAUGUCAACAAGCUACUCGUUGGGAACAAGUGUGACCUUACCACCAAGAAAGUUGUGGACUACACAACAGCUAAGGAAUUUGCUGACUCUCUUGCCAUCCCUUUCCUUGAGACGAGUGCGAAGAACGCCACCAACGUGGAGCAGGCCUUCAUGACCAUGGCAGCUGAGAUCAAGAAGCGCAUGGGUCCUGGAGCCACGACCGGAGGCGACAAGCCCAACCUGAAGAUCGACAGCACUCCAGUUCGGCAGUCUGGUGGCGGUUGCUGUUGAAGAGCCUUUGCCUCCCAUCCGCACGCGUGCGCACACUUACAAACACACACACCCACAAGCAUACACACACACACACACACCCACAUAUACUCCCACAAACCCACACCACACACACACACUUGCACACAUCUAGGAGCAAGGUGAAGACGUUCUAACAUUCUUACGGGAGUAACCACUGCAUUUGGAGCCAGAGCUUGAGUUUUAGCUUUCUUUUGGCUUCCCGGCAAGAAGUUUAGUAGCUUCCUUUUGUGAGGUCCCAGUCCUCUCCUUGGUUUUAUACUCCUAGAGUUGCACCCUGUCUGUAUCUCUCUCUCUCUCUCCCCUCUCUUUCUCUCUCUCUCUUUCUCUAUCACUCUCUCUCCAAACCUGUCCCAUCUUAACCCAACCUUUACCCUUUUCUAUCUUACCCUCACCCACACUUGAUCUCCAUUCACAAACCCUAACUCUCCCCUGCUCCUCCCCCUCAAUGGCCAGGGUGCAGCAGCACUUGUCCAGUCUUUAGGAAGUCACAUGUCCUGUGAAAAUGCAGAAUAGAGAAAAUGAAUUGCCUUUUGGGUGACGUGCUGUUAUUCGUACACUGGGCAGCAGAAUGGAGCGUUGUAAGGAAAGAGGAAAGGUUGCAUGAAAAAUCCGGUUUGUCAUGAGGUCAGCAUUCUGUUCUCCCCAGUCUUGCAUACUCAACAUCUGUCAUGCAAACACUCACACUGUUGUAGGAUGGUUUUUUUUGUUAGUUUUUUUCUCUUUGUUGUACAGUGAGGAAGGGCAUGGAUGCAGAGUCUCUUGCAGAUGCUGAGGCUUUUGCAGAUCACAUUCUGAAUGGAGAGCAUAAAAGAUAUUGGGAAUGGCAAUAUUCUAUUUCAUACAACCUUAUUAUUAUUAUUAUUAUUAUUAUUAUUAUUAUUAGUGAUUUUAGGAUUUUUUUUCCUUCAGUAGAAUUUGUUUUCUAAUUAAUGAUUGCUUGUACAAAGGCUAACUGGUCACUGCUGUCAAAUGAAGGCGUUUGGUGGGGAGGGGACAGAAAACCCUUUCGUUUGUUUUGAAUCUCCUUUGUGAGGGCUUGGGUUUGGGUUGGUUGGUUAAAGCUACUGUUCCCUCCAUUACCUCAUUUAGCCCCUCCCCCCUCUUUUUAUAUAUCCAGCACGUUCAGCAGCAGGGUAAAUGAUAUUGUGUCUGAACAUCCAAAUGUCCAAACUGGAACGGAGAACCUCAUUAUCUCAAAAUGUAAAGUUAAGGUUAGUGCAGGAAGGCAAUGGUUGCAGGCAUGUAAAUUCUGGGCUUGUUUGUCUCACAUUGUAGUGUUUUUAAGGCUAUUUUCAGACUAUAUGCAGCCAAAUCUGAUUUGUUUCUUGUAUCAGAUCUGUUGAUAUUUGUUGACUGUCCGCACUGUUAUUUGCAAGUGAUCGAAUGGGAUUUGCCUGUCGGGAUAUCACAAACUUAUCUGCAUGGCUUGCUCUACUAAGGACCUAGGUAUCACACUUCUGUCACUCAGGAUGUUGAUGAGAUUUUGUUGCAUUGCAAGUAACAUAAACACGCAUUAAAAUCUGAUGAUAAAUGCAUUUUAAACCUCCAACAAAUGUGGUUUCCUUCCCAUUUGGAUUUUAUUUUAUGGAGUUUUGGCUUUUCAGACUAUCAAAGAAAAAUCUAGCAGUCUGGAUGCAAUUUGGGAUGACAGUCUGAACAUUGCCUUGGAGCUUCAGGUCCUCACUCAGUGUAGACCUCUCACCUCAUGCUGUCUAGUUUUGUCAAUAUUAUACUGUAGCCUUUGGGUUUCCUCAUUGUAUAAAAUCUAAAAUGUGCUUUUGACAGCUUUUGGAUGAGAGUUGGGUUUGUUUAAUUUUUUACAUUUUGGGGACAGUCUUUUCAUCGUACAGCUGAAAAAUCUUGACUUUUACAUCAUAGUAUAGACUAGAUGUGUGGAGGGAUGUUACAACGUUCCCUUUAAAGAUGUGGUUGAAUUAUGGAUCUGGAUUAGUUUGCUGCUUGUGUGCGAGUGAUGUGAGGGGAUGUUGGGACUGACUGGUCUAGGUGGAGAGACCGGAUAUGACCUCCCAUAUCCUUUGGAAAGAAAAACCCAACACUGACAGACAGGUCCAACCUUUUUUUUUUCUUUUCUUUUCAGACCUGAAACUAAUUUUUCGGAAAUCCACAGGACCUUUCUUUUCUUUCUAACUUGACUAACACUGGUCUUAUGAGGACCUCGGACCAGUAAAAGAAAAAGAAAAAUCAAAAACGACUGACUGUUGCCUUUGGUGGUAAGAGGGUCUUGUGUAGUUCAUGGAGAUCAGCUUAAUAAAGCCCCUCUGCCCCUUUUCCAUGUGGUUCAAACUCUAGAGGAUCUCAGAGCUCUGCUCUUUUGCUGAAUGAAUGUGGUUUUAACUUCAGCAGAGAAUCCUUCAGCGGAUAUGUGACCUCAGACAAAGUCCUACUGCUCCCCUGGUGGACUGAAGACAGUGUUUCGGUUGUAUCAGUUUAAAUAUAUAGGGUGUGGAUCUAGACUAAGAGCAUAGAUAACAUUUGUAGAAUUCACUGUUUGAAAAGUGUUCUGUCUGAGUUAGGUAGUUGCACCGAUGUCUGUCGUAUUGUAACGUUAGAUUACUAACUAAUAAAUGAGACAUUUAAUACAAGAGACUAGUUUUUAACACCACUUCAGCCAGAGCUAACUUUAACCUCAGAGAAUAACUGUCUGUUUCGUUUCGGUUUGGUUUGAUUUUGGGAGACGUCUGACAUUAUUAACAGUUAAGAGAUUUGUUUGGAGGGAGCAGUAGCAGCUUGGUGGGGUUGUGCUGGGUAUGGUGGGGGUUACUGUGUGUAGUAACAUUCCGUCUAUCUCGAAAACAGGCUGUUUUGAUCAGGGUUUCAGGUCUAGUCUGCAAAAAGGAAACGGUAGUUCGAGAACAGUCUCGCUUCAGACCUGCACACCAUCUCACACUCACACUAAAACCGAGAGCAUCCUGUUUUGGACACUUUCUGAGUGCGCUUUCAUUUUUCCAAGAGGCUUCUGCUCUUCUACUGAUUUUAAUCUAUGAAUUGAACUAUUAUGUUGUGAUGCUGUGUGUCUGAUUUAACGGAUGCGGGGCUAGGGGCAAUAUUAUUGUAGAUGGGUGGGAGAUGAAUAGAAGAUGGGGGGGGGCUACUUUUGAAUGUGAUGGAACCUUACAGCGUGCAUUUUUUUUUUUUUUUUGCCUUGUUUCGCUUUUACUUUUUACCUUUUUGUUUUCUCUCUCUCUACGUCAUUUUUGCACAUCUCUGUGUUGCUUUGGAUAAGGCAGGAAGAAGGCAUGGGCGAUGAUUUAUAGCGAGCACCAGGCCGGUAGUUCUUCCCCUCCUCCUCUGCUUGCUCACUCUGGUGCUCUCUUUCAUAGCUCUGUUUGAUCAUGUUUUUUUUCUUCUUCUUUCUGUACAUAUUAUAAAUAUAUAUAUAAUAAAAAUGAUCAAUGUUCGUCUUAA